CCACAGACACACAAUCCACAUUUCCAGAGGAGAGCGACAGUCAGCCCCCCCUCCAACGUUUUCUGUCGAGCUCGGGUAACAAAACAAGCGAAGCAGGACUCGUCUCGCUCGUCGGGGUCUGAUCAUCAGAUUGUUCCCUGGACUUGAUUUGGUCUUUAUUCUCUCGGAGGUCACCUUACAGAAAUAGCUCACAGGAUAUAAGUUAUUUACAGUAGCAUUAUCCGAGAUCCUGGAAGAUGGGUUCGGUCCCAGCGAUAUCUGUCCUUAUUUUGGGCAUUGUGGUUCCAACGUUGGCCGGCUACAUUGAGGCGCUGGCAGCAAACGCAGGCACAGGGUUUGCCGUGGCCGAGCCACAGGUGGCGAUGUUCUGUGGAAAGCUCAACAUGCACAUCAACAUUCAAACCGGCCGCUGGGAACCAGACCCAUCUGGGACUAAGAGCUGUGUAAGAACCAAAGAAGGUAUACUGCAGUACUGCCAGGAGAUGUAUCCGGAGCUCCAGAUUACAAAUGUGGUGGAAGCCAACCAGCCCAUUCGCAUUGAGAACUGGUGCAAGAAAGAGAAGAAAGUGUGCAAAGGGCACGCCCAUGUUGUAGUGCCUUACAAAUGCUUAGUGGGCGAGUUUGUGAGUGACGUCCUUCUGGUUCCCGAAAAGUGCAAGUUCUUUCACAAGGAGCGUAUGGACAUGUGCGUCAGCCACCAGCAAUGGCACAGUGUGGCCAAAGAGGCCUGCGGCAAGAGCUCCAUGGUGCUGCACAGCUAUGGCAUGCUGCUGCCCUGUGGCAUCGAUAAGUUCCAAGGCACAGAAUACGUGUGCUGCCCCGCCUCUCGCACAGAGUCCACCCAACCUUCCCUCCCCUCCCAGGAGGAUGACGACGAUGAAGAGGUAGAGGAUGAGGAGAUUGACGAGAUGGACCUGGAUGAAGAGGAGGCUGUCGAGGACAGCGAGACACCAGCUGACGAGCAGCCCACACAGAAGGAGGAAUUGGUAGAUGAGGAUGAAGAUGAUGAGGUGGAGGACGAGGAGGAGUACCACUACGUCUAUGAGGACGAGGAGGCUGACAAGGAGGAUGAGGAUGAGAAGAAAGAAAGCAAAAUGUCUGACAACCAGGAUGAGGACAAGAUUCUACAAGAAGUGAAAGCGGUGUGCACCCUGGAGGCUGAGACCGGCCCCUGUCGUGCCUCCAUGCCCCGCUGGCACUUCGACAUGAGCCAGAGGAAGUGUGUGCGCUUCAUUUACGGUGGCUGUGCCGGCAACCGCAACAAUUUCGACUCAGAGGAGUACUGCAUGGCCGUGUGCAAACGUCUGACCAUGCCCCCGACUCCUCAGCCCACCGACGACGUCGACAUCUACUUUGAAACCCCCGCCGACGACAAGGAGCACAGUCGUUUCCAGAGAGCCAAGGAGCAGCUGGAGAUCAGACACCGUAACCGCAUGGAGAGGGUAAGAAAAGAGUGGGAAGAAGCUGAUCGCCAGGCUAAGAACCUGCCCAAGGCUGAACGGCAGACAUUGAUCCAGCACUUCCAAGCUAUGGUGGAGUCCCUGGAGGAGGAAGCAGCCAGCGAGAAGCAACAGCUGGUGGAGACUCACCUCGCCCGGGUAGAGGCCAUGCUGAAUGACCGGCGCCGUCUGGCCUUGGAGAACUACCUGGCUGCCCUGCAGGCUGACCCCCCCAGGCCCCACCGCAUCCUGCAAGCCCUGAGAAGGUACGUCCGUGCUGAAAACAAGGACCGCCAGCACACCAUCCGCCACUACCAGCAUGUUCUGGCUGUUGAUCCUGAGAAGGCUGCUCAGAUGAAGUCACAGGUGAUGACUCACCUGCGAGUGAUCGAGGAGAGGAUGAACCAGAGUCUGUCACUGCUCUACAAAGUGCCAUAUGUGGCCGAAGAGAUUCAGGAUGAAAUUGAUGAGCUACUCCAAGAGCAGAAAGCUGACAUGGACCAGUUCCUGUCAUCCAUCUCAGAAUCACAGCCAGAUGUCACCGUCUCAUCAGAGGAGAGCGUGGAAGUCCCUUUGUCUGAGGGCAAACCCUACCGGCCCAUCCAGGUCACAUCCUUGGGGUCCCGUCCAGAUCCAGAGGGCGAUCUAUCAGACUCCCCACGUGCCUUCAAGAAAGGGUCUGCCAUGUCUGGCUUAGAUGGUUUAAUUGGUGCUGAGGAGAGAAUCAUCAACAGCAAACCAAAGGUCAGCGAGAAUGUGGUGAUUGAUGAGUCACUGGAUGUUAAAGAAGUGGUUUACAGUGCAGAGAGAGUCAGCGUUAUGCAUGAUGAUGAGCUGGAGUCCUACCGCCCUCUGGGAGAAGACUUCAGCUUCGGUAGCAGUGCACUGAUUGGCUUGCUGGUGAUCGCGGUGGCCAUAGCAACUGUGAUUGUGACCAGCCUGGUGCUUUUGAGGAAAAGGCAAUAUGGCACAAUCAGUCACGGCAUUGUGGAGGUUGACCCCAUGCUGACACCAGAGGAACGACACCUGAACAAGAUGCAGAACCACGGCUAUGAAAAUCCCACCUACAAAUACCUAGAGCAGAUGCAAAUCUAACCAGAGCCUACAUGGGGUGCUGUAGAGUCUGAUAAGAGGAUGGCAACCGAGGGGGAGCAUACUACUGACCAACACGAUGCUAUUGUUAAAAUCAUUUGCAUACAUCCAAACUCCAUUUACUGGUUUGUUCAAAACAAUCCUUAAGUAAUGCUACUACUUCUACUACUGCUACUAUUGUACUAUAGUGCUCUUUUUGAUCAUGUUUCUUUUUAAAAGGUGAUGUAUUUGCCAGUUUGCAUAAUGGAAAAUGUGAUUCUGCAGAUUUAUCUGUAAUUAUCAUACAGCUAUCUCAGAUCAAGAUGUAUAACAUUUUUUUUCCGGACAUUUCUUUAUUUUAUUAUAUUUUUAAAGGCGAAUCAUAUUAAAUUUCAUUAUUUUUGAGCAGCCAUCAAUAAACCCGCUUACUAGACACUAUGCUUUUGUUUCCCCAUCAUGCAAAGUGUCAUUCAUGCAGUUUCUGAUGGUAUUCUCAAAACUAAUUGACGUUUUGUUCUUUUUCCUCUCGAUAGAUUGCUUGUAUAUGAAGGUUCUUUGUACCAAUUAAAACGUUUAGUGAAACAACAACUGAGAAAAAAGUGAAAUCAUGAAUUAUUUACUUUCUGUUCUUUGUUAUGAUAACAAAAUGCUGUAUACAUAUACAACUGAAAUAUAUAUAUAAGAAUAGAUGUUUUUAUUCCACCUUUUUUCCCCCAGGGGAGACGUUAUGAGUUGGUUUAGGGUUCUUAGCUUUGUGGUCGUGAAUGUUUGCAGGCACACAAUAAGAAAGCUUCGGGGAAGGUGUGCACAGGCCCCCAGCUCAAAUACAUCUCACAAACCCUGCUCCAAACCCCUUACUAAGUGAAUGUGAUGAUGUAUUCCCUUCUACCCACACAAAUAUUUUAUCAUUAGGGAAGUUCAGUAAAUAAAAAGACUUACUGACAUGUGUUACAUAGUUGAAUGUAUUAUGGAAGCCAUUUCCAUGCUAUGUAUUUCACAGACGCCCUUUGGGUUUUAAUUUCAGUGUAGUGUCACAUAGACUGAGGUGUGCAAAGACGUGCCACAAACAGACAAUGCUUUGUUUUUAAAGGGGGUUCUUAAGUGUUGCACACAUCAUCUGAAGUAAAAACACAGUAUAAGUGAGGCUACUCUGAAUACAAAUUUAGGAAUGAUGUGCAUUCAUAUUCUAGCUAGUUUGCUGGUCAUAAAGUAAAGAAUAGUAUGGAAACUUAUAGCAGUGCUAGUCCAGAGGCACAAAUAAAACAAUAUGCGUAGUAUGGAACAAGAAAUCUAGGAAAUGACUCAGUCUACCUUUUUGUGGGAAAAAAAAAAAAAAAAGUAUAAAUUUUGGCUGGUAAUAAAAUUUUUGCUUUUUUUAUUGGGAUGUGUAACAAAUUUUGCAGUGUUGAUUUUAGGAUUUUGGCACUGGGACAUGCUUGGGCCGGCCAUACAUCAAAGCUACCUGAAAACAGUUUGGAGCUGGAGGGCUGUGCAGGCAGACAGAGACACACAGAAAGUUGAAGCUUGGAGAACUGGUUUCUGGAAGAAAGAUUUUAAAAAAGUAAAAAAAACUUGUGUAAUUUUACAGCUUAGAGAUCGACACAAACAAGUAAACUGAAUCCUAGGAUCCUCUUUUCUCUCUCUUUAUCUUAGUAUUGUCUUUGUAUGCCUGUAUAGUUGAUGUUGCAAUCAUGGCUUUUUUCCAGAGGAUUCCAUGUGGUGUGCAUUGUUCUUAUAUGAAAAAAUAUAUAUAUAUAUAUAUUUGAGUUUUUUUUCUUGUUUUCUAUUUUUCUUUCUCUUCCUGUGACAGUAUCUCUGUAUGUGACUGUCUCACUAUGCACCCAAACGGCUUCAAUCUUGUAAUAGCCUGCUUGAUUGUGGAGGGGACUGGGAACUAAUAUAUUAUGCAUAUUAGUGAUUUAAAACAUUUUGAUUGACACCAGUGGAAACAGAUUUAUGGUUACAAGGGGGAUACACGUCAAUAAACUCACAACUUACAUAUGGG